AUGGCGACAGAAAAGGACCUCAUCACCUGCCACGUCCUCGACACCACAGCCGGCCGCCCCGCCGGCGGCAUUUCCGUGCGCCUGCAAGGCCCCGAGACCAGGGGCCAGACCAACUCGGCGGCGCACAGCUACACGGCCGUGACCGACGCCGACGGGCGCGCGUACUUUGGCGAGGGCAAGACGUUUUUCCCCGAGGCCGUCGUCGUGUUCCGCGUCGAGGCGGGCCAGCACUACCACGUGCCGCUGCUGCUGAGCCCGUUUACGUUUACGACGUACCGCGGAAGCUAG